GCUCUACUAAAUAUAUACAAAUUUAGUGUUUUUCUAUUAUAUUGCAUUUCUUUACUUAAAAUUUCAAAUUUUUUAGUUGUAUUUAAUAAAGUUUGUAAUUUUUGAGAUAUUGUAUAUGUAUGGUCAUCUUGUAGGAGGCUCAGGAAUCGUGUUGUUUCGAGGGGAUGGUACCAAAAGUAGAGGGGGUGAAAUGAGUCGGUUCAAAGGGGCAUGUGAAGAGGUGGUUAGUAUCGUGCGGAGACUUUUCACAUGCAGGGCAUAUGUUGGAAUGCACCCAGUUUUUGCAUUUACUGUGUCCAGGUAUUAAAUUGUCAAAAAACUAGGCCGCUUAUUUUGACAAGAAGUCAGCUGAUUUAAGAUAAACAAUUUUUUUGUUUUUGUUUAUUUCUUCUGCUGUUAUGAUUGAGCCUUGCGUUUGGCUGUAAAACAAAAAAAUUAUUAAUGGAUAAAAAUUAUGAUACAAUUUUAUUAACAGGACCACCAGGAGUGGGUAAAACAACACUAGUGAAAAAAAUAUGUGAUGAACUGCGAAUGUCACACAAGGUCUAUGGUUUUAUAACAGAGGAAGUAAGAAGCGAACAGGCAUUCACACGCAUUGGUUUUGAUGUUGUUACACUAUCUGGUGCGCGCUGCAUAUUGGCAAGGGAGCAAUCAAGAAUGAAUGACCGUAUGCCAAUAGUGGGGAAGUAUUCUGUUAAUGUUAGUGAUUUUGAAAAUCUGAUUGUGCCAUUGCUUUGUCCGAAAUCCAAGAAGGAUCUUUUGGUUAUUGACGAGAUCGGUACAAUGGAACUAAAAAGUAAAAGAUUUGAAAAAGCUUUAAAUGAUGUAAUCCACAAAACUCCUAUUUUUGCGACUAUACCCUGCCAUUCUCAUAGAAAAAACACUAUAUUGGAACACAUUAAAAGUUCCCCAGCAACUCGCAUUUUCGAAAUUACAAAAAAUAACCGAAAUAUUGUUCAAAAUGAUAUUGUGAAUUGCAUUAAAAACAUGUUGAGAAAAAAUUAGUUCAAAAAUUAAAACUUAAUUUU